ACCAACAAAAAAUCAUGUGCGUGUAGCACCACAUGAUGUCGGGUGGUUGGCUUGGCUCCUGUCGAGUGUUCCGCUUGGCCAUGUUGGACACUUUCAUGCUGCUGGGCAGCCACCCUGUCUUCCUGCUGCAGCUGCUGAGGCUUGGAAACUGUGGAAUGGUCCUGUGAGGGCAGCCGCUGGUCUGGGCAGGAGCCUGGUUGGCCUUGAUUCUCAGGUUUUGCCUUCUGGGCUUCUGGAAGCAUCCUGCUGGGGCAGAUGUGAGGAUGAACGUCCCACAUUUUCCUCUAGGCCUUGCUGGGAGACUUGAGGGCUUCUAGGGCUAAGGGUGGCCCGGUCUAGGUGAGGUUUGGUUAGGCAGCCAUAAAGCCCCCUGCUGGUGGCUUUGGGACUCAGGGUUGGGGAUGUCUCCACAGGUGUCUUGUCUGCAUACCCUGGGCUACCCCCCAGCCCAAGCACAGGGUCUGCAUGUGACUGGCAUUUCCUGGAACUCCACUGGCUCCGUGGUGGCCUGUGCCUACGGCCGGGUGGACCACGGGGACUGGAGCAUGCUUAAGUCCUUCGUGUGUGCCUGGAACCUGGACCGGCGAGGCCUGAGUCCCCGGCAGCCAUCGGCUGUGGUGGAGGCGCCUAGCGCCGUCCUGUGCCUGGCCUUCCACCCCAUGCAGCCCUCCCACGUGGCAGGAGGGCUGUACAGUGGCGAGGUGCUGGUGUGGGACCUGAGCCGUCCUGAGGACCCGCUGCUGUGGCGCACAGGCCUGACAGAUGACACCCAUACAGACCCUGUGUCCCAGGUGGUGUGGCUGCCGGAGCCCGGGCACAGCCACCGCUUCCAGGUUCUGAGUGUGGCCACUGAUGGGAAGGUGCUGCUCUGGCAGGGCAUUGGGACGGGCCAGCUGCAGCUCACAGAGGGCUUCGCCCUGGUCACGCAACAGCUGCCACGGAGCACCAAGCUCAAGAAGCAUCCCCGGGGAGAGACUGAGGUGGGCGCCACGGCAGUGGCCUUCUCCAGCUUUGACCCAAGGCUGUUCAUUCUGGGCACGGAAGGCGGCUUCCCGCUCAAGUGUUCCCUGGCAGCUGGAGAGGCGGCCCUCACGCGGAUGCCCAGCUCUGUGCCCCUGCGGGCCCCGGCACAGUUUACCUUUUCUCCCCACGGCGGUCCCAUCUACUCUGUGAGCUGUUCCCCCUUCCACAGGAAUCUCUUCCUGAGCGCGGGCACCGAUGGCCACGUCCACCUGUACUCCAUGCUGCAGGCCCCGCCCCUGACCUCGCUGCAGCUCUCUCUCAAGUACCUGUUUGCUGUGCGCUGGUCCCCAGUGCGCCCCUUGGUUUUUGCAGCUGCCUCUGGGGAAGGUGACGUGCAGCUGUUUGAUCUCCAGAAAAGCUCCCAGAAACCCACAGUUUCCAUCAAGCAAACCCAGGAUGAAAGCCCUGUUUACUGUCUGGAGUUCAACAGCCAGCAGACUCAGCUCUUGGCUGCGGGCGAUGCCCAGGGCACAGUGAAGGUGUGGCAGCUGAGCACAGAGUUCACGGAACAAGGGCCCCGGGAAGCUGAGGACCUGGACCGCCUGGCAGCGGAGGUGGCCACCUGAGGAGUCCUGGGAGGCAGGCACAAUGCUUUGCUGUGCUGAGCCCUGAUGUGAGCUGAAUGAAAAAAAGCAAAGCUUUGGGUGAA